AUGUCCGACGUUAUUGUGCCGCCUGGACGCGAUGGAGUUAUUCAAUGUGUUGAAGAGCUGUGUCAACACCUCAGAUACGUCUUCAAUAAAAAGUUCGUCGUCAUCUGUCAACAUGACGACCACGUCCACGUCGCCCACGUGUGCAAGCAGACAACGAACUCUUGCCGUUGCUCCUGGCUCGUCAUAAGUAAAAAUUUCAGAAGAUAUAAACGCCGCAACAUUCGAAGACGCGUUUAUGCGUGCGACUUCGAUGCCGCUGACUGGUCCGACAUUGUUGGAUAUUUCUGUACAAACGGCCACAUCGCAGAAGAAGUGUUCUGCGACGGUGCCGAUGUCAGACUAUGUAGUGAAAUUCGAAAUUUUUCCGUAAGCAAAAGUAAUACAAUAAUCAUAUUAUUUUCAAAAUUAUUAUACUUAUAUCGUUUUUACAGAAAAACCAAAAUUCAGUAUCUUCCCAAAAAGGAAUGGUGGAAGCAUGCAUCCACCAGGGUCCUGGGGACCUUUGCGGCACAAAGUCCGCAUAUCGACGGAAUGAUGCGGGUGGCCGGGGCCACAUUGGAGCACGUAAGCUCCCAAGCAAAUCGCAAAACGGAGUCCACCAACAACCAAAUGUUCCAAUGACUUUUGAAGAUUUAUUUAAAUAUUUCCCUACUUGCCCUCCCGAUGCUUUUGUAAAUAUUAAAGAAUUUUACCUAAAUCCAAUUUUAAAUAAAUACGACGAAAACGAUAAACUUGUAAGAAUAACUUUAAGGAAUUGGUGCACUAUAAUUAGAGACUGGGAUAUAUUCGAUUUCAAUACUUAUUACAAUACAACAGGCGUCAGUCCGUAUUUUAACGCGUAUUCUAGGUCAUCUAAUAACUUAUAUUUUACGGUAGAAAAAUCGUUAGACAUAGCGAACGAAUUAUUAAAUUUUCAAUUUCAAAAUAACGCGACAGAAAUCUACAAUUUCCUUAACACAUUAUAUUGUGUGUUGGAUAAAAAAAUUCCGAAAUUAAAUUCAAUAUGUAUUUAUAGUCCUCCGUCAGCGGGCAAAAAUUUUUUUUUCGACGCUGUUGCGUCAUAUUUCUUAAAUUACGGUAUGUUCGGAACAGCUAAUAAAAAUAAUAAUUUUACGUGGGCAGACGGUGCAGGGAAAAGACUUGUCAUUUGGAACGAACCGAAUUAUGAACAACAUCAUAUAGAAAAAAUGAAAGAAUUAUUAGGCGGCGAUACGACUAGAGUUCACGUGAAAUAUAAAGGCGAUCAACCUUUACAAGGCCCCCCGAUAAUAUUACUUACUAAUAAUUAUUUAUCGAUAUGUAAUGAUAGUCUAUUUACCGACCGUUUACGUACCUAUCGGUGGGAAGCAGCACCAUUCCUUAAAGAUUACGCAAGAAAACUAAAUCCAUUAUUUUUUUUUAAAUUAUUAGUACAAUGGAAAAUAGUUGUAGACAAUAUUGUUAUAUUGUAA